AUCCAAACAUAAGAGCCAAACGGCAACAACAUUAGGAAUCGAAAAUCAUAGAAAAUAAACAUGGCGCAGGUUCUGCACCUGGGUUUGCCUUUCAUGGCAGAACCUCAGAAAAUUUCUUCUUCUUCUUCCAAAUCGUUGAAGCUUACCCAUAGAACUCACAGUACCAACAUAUCCAUUCCUACAAAGGGUGGUGCCAACCGUUUGCACAAAACCCAGAAGCUGAAUUUAGAGGUUUCUCCUCAUAGAGCUGUGUCAGCUGUUAGAUUGAUGAGGAUUGAGCUUGGUGGUGCUUUUGCUGAUCUUCUCAACGAGAAAGGGAAAGGUUCUGGUGAAAACGAAAUGGGAUAUGUUCAAAGAACUCUUGGCUUUCGCACUCGAGAAUUAAAUCAUCACGAUCUUAGAUUGGUUACAGACAUUGUUGGGGGCACGAUUCGUUGGAGAAGAUAUCUUGAUCAUCUCAUCAGUUCGCUCUGUCAUGAUAAAGAUAUAUCUAGCAUGGAACCUCUUCUCUUACAGAUUCUACGAAUUGGCUUCUAUGAGAUUGUCAAAUUAGAUAUGCCGCCUUAUGCUGUUGUAGAUGAGAACGUCAAGCUUGCUAAAGUUGCUCUCAGAUCUGGUGCUGGAAACAUGGUUAAUGGAGUCCUUCGAAAGCUAGUUGUGCUUAAGGAGAAUGAAACUCUUCCUUUCCCCAAAGUGGAGGGUGAUGACCGUGCCCAAGCACGUGCUCUGGCAACUCUGUACUCACAUCCAGUUUGGAUGGUAAGGAGAUGGACAAAGCAUCUUGGCCAGGAAGAGGCCAUUAAAUUGAUGAUAUGGAACAACAGUGAACCCAGUUUCAGCUUAAGAGCAAACCGUGCAAUAGGUUUUUCAAGAGAUGACCUCGUCAAGCAGCUCAAUGGAUUGAAGGUCCCACACAAGCUUUCAUUGCAUUUGGAUGAAUUUGUUCGUCUCAAAACUGGGUUGCAGACUGUCAUUCAUGCUGGUCUGCUCAAAAAGGGUUUAUGUUCAGUUCAGGAUGAAAGUGCAGGUCUGGUAGUUUCUGUUGUGGAUCCCCAACCUGGUGAAACCAUCAUUGAUUGUUGUGCUGCUCCUGGUGGAAAAACACUCUACAUGGCCUCUCAACUAAGUGGCCAAGGUAUGGUAUUUGCAGUUGAUGUAAAUCGUGGUAGGUUGAGAAUUCUUAAAGAGACAGCAAAGUUGCACCAAGUGGAUGGUGUCGUUACCACCAUCCAUACUGAUCUUCGUACAUUAACUGAUGGUGAACCACUUAAGAGUAACAAAGUUUUGUUGGACACUCCUUGCUCUGGACUUGGUGUUCUUUCCAAGAGAGCGGACUUGCGCUGGAACAGGAAGCUGGAGGAUAUAGAAGAACUGAAGAAAUUACAGGAUGAGCUCCUGGAUGCAGCUUCCACAUUGGUAAAGCCUGGGGGAGUAUUAGUUUACAGUACAUGCUCCAUAGAUCCUGAAGAGAAUGAUGAGAGGGUAGCUGCAUUUCUUGUAAGACAUCCGGACUUCCACAUUGAUCCUGUAGACAGAUAUGUUCCACCUGAUUUUGUGACACAAAGGGGUUUCUUUUUCUCCAACCCAGUUAAGCAUUCACUUGAUGGAUCCUUUGCAGCUCGAUUAGUACGAGCUUUAUAAAACGAAUUUCGGGAAAUCAAUCCUUUGUGGCUCUAUCACCAAUUGAAUGACAUUCAAUGAAAAAUUAAAAGGCUGUUUAUGAGCUGCUGUUCUGUUCUGUUCUAUCUCUCUUCGAUCUUCGCCCUUCGAAACCGAGCUUUUACCUUAAGUGGGAUGCUUGAAAAGAUUUAUACAUGAGACUGUCAGCAAGUUUUAUUUCAUCAUAAACUUUGGAAGGAUGAUGAAUUGAUGAUCCUUAAAACAAGUAUGGAAUGUCCAAGCUUCAAAGAUUUCUCUCCAAAUUCAUGUGGGGCAAUUACCAUAAUAAUUAUUCUGUUGCAGCAGAAUAUGCUGGAUAGGUACUGCAGUUUGAGAGUUACUGUAAAUUUCUAUGCAUGGCAAAGGUUGAUUUUGAAUGCAAGUUAGAAAUGAAUGUCUAUAAUUUGAUAUUUUUUAAGGUUACAAAUAAACAUGUUUACUUGGCGUAACAUUUUCCUCCCCUCGGGGUAUCAUCAAGGAUUGUCCAGUCCUAACCGUGCUUUUUGUCACUGGUUUUUCUAACAUAUGCUUGUAAAUAGUAAUGUUGUUUUCAAUCGAUUGGUUUCUGG